AUGGCUUCCAACCGCCAGUAUGACUUGGUGCUCCUUGGUCCAACCGGCUACACCGGUCGGUUCUGCUCAGAGCACAUUGUUCAAAACCUCCCUACCGAUCUGAAAUGGGCUAUCGCAGGCCGUUCUGCGCACAAGAUGGACCCCAUCGCCAAGGAACUCAAAGCCCUCAAUUCAGACCGCGCCGACCCAGAUGUUCUGGUUGUGCAGCUCAACUCCAGUGAGCUCAACGAGCUAGCCCAAAAGACGCGGCUCAUUAUCAACUGCGUGGGCCCCUAUCACUUGUACUCGACCCCGGUUGUCGAGGCCUGUGCUGUCAAUGGAACUCACUAUGUCGAUGCGUAUGUGUACAUGCACUUUUUUCAUCGCCUACUGAUAGCUAAUACCAAUACACGUAGUACCGGAGAGACUCCAUGGAUCAAGUUGAUCAUCGAGAAGUAUCAUGAGACUGCCAAGGCAAACGGCGCAAUUAUGAUUCCCUCCACCGGUGUUGAGAGUGCUCCUGCCGAUCUUCUAGCAUGGUCUUUAGCCAAGCGAGUCCGCGAGGACCUCUCAUCCCCCACCCGCCAUAUUGAUGGCACUAUCAAGGAGAUGAAGUCUUCUGGCCCCAGUGGCGGCACCUUGAACACCAUUCUCACCAUGUUCGACUGGCUUCCUGUGUCCGAGCUCUCCAGAUCAAUGACCCCCUUCGCGCUAUCUGCCUCGGCUUCGCAAAACAAGAUGCCCAAGGAAACGAUUCUCGAGAAGGUAUUCGGUGUGCGUGCAAUCCGCGAUCUGGGAACAGUCACCACCUCCCCAUCCGCCAUUGCCGACAUCACUAUCGUGCACCGCAGCAGCAGUCUGAUGCCCGAGCUAUACGGCCAGAAAUUCGUCUUCCGCCAGUUCCUAUCUGUGCGAAAUGCAGUCAUUGGAAUUGCACUGCAUGUCGGUUUCACUGUUGGACUCGCGCUGCUCUUGCUGUCGCCUGUGCGGUGGUUGCUGCGGAAGUUUGUGUUCGCGCCUGGUGCGGGUCCGCGUCGCGAGGACUCGACUAACGAUCGUCUUGAGUAUAACGCCAUUGCUACUGCAGAUAAUUCCGAGAAGCAGCGUGUCUUUGGUAAGAUCUCUUUCGCAGGCAGUAUGUACGUCUUCACUGGACUGUUGAUGGCCGAGGCCGCAAUGGUGAUUCUUAAUGAGGGGGAGAAGAUCAAGAAGAUCUCACGGGGUGGUAUUGUUACCCCUGCUACACUGGGUCAGGACUUUAUGGACCGUUUGGAGAAGGUUGGCUGCAAUGUUGAGACCAAGGUUUUCCAGCAUUAA